AUGGAGAGUUUUCAAGCAAGAGUGGGGCACCUCUCUGCCACUGGCAUGAGAGCCCGUGUCUACUGUGAAGAGUUUCUGUUCCCAAAGGUGCACAGGACUGUGUCAGACCUAUGGUCAGUUUACUCCAAGCCUGUCCCAGCAAACAGCAGAGAGGUGUGGACCUUGUUUCUGCAGUGUUCCUGUGUCACAGCAGUGAUAGGAGGCCUCUUUUACAACUGGAUGUUUGCUUCCCUGGAGUACUCCUUGCAUCUCUCCACUGGAAUGGCCAUCUCCUUCAGUCUGCUCCUUCUCCUGGUCCUUUUCUUGGUGCAUCCUGCACGUUGUGUCUUCAGUAUCAUUAUGCCUACAUUAGGUACCAAACAAGGCCGGAAGCUCCUCUUAUCAACCUGUGUCAUGAUAGUAGUGGUUAACAUAACACCCAACAUCAUAAGCAAUAUUAAAACCAUACUGCAAGUUAUUAAGUGCAUCUGCAAGAAUUCCUCUGAGAGUCUUUUGAACUCAACUGCUCUGCUAGAGAGAGCUACCUGGGAGUUUGGGGAUGCAAUCCAAGAAACCGUUCAUUCCAUUAACAUUUAUAAGCCUAUGAAUGGACAUUUUCAGUUUUCAUUGCUUAAGAACAGCUCCUCAAUUUACCAACAAAUGCAUCUUGCUGGUGAGAAAAUUGGGAGGGACUUUUUGGCUGCUGAGUUACUGGUCAAAGAUGCUGUACGAGUAGCCAACAAGGUGGUUGCUGGUUUCUCCAUGCUCUAUCUCUGUUUACAGUCCACCUGCUAUUUGAAAAACUAUCUCACCAACCUCCGCUUUGACAAUUUUUAUAUCACCAAGAAGCUGGAGCGUUUAGCUGUGGACAGAAAAGCAGCUCAUCUGCUGGUGGGCUCAUCCAAAACCCUCAUUCGACCAACAGGCUUGAAGCUGUCCCGGGAAGAAGUGAUGCUGUGCCUUGUGCAAGCCAUGCUCCUCACUGUGGCCCUGAUGCUGAUGCUGGUGUUCAUGGCCAUGGACCACUUUGCAUUCAGCAUGGCAGACACUGCAGUGAGAAAGGCAGCUCAGUUCUCUGUGGUGCCUGUUGCUCUCAGCAUCAAAUACAGUGCUAAAAUAGGGUUUGUGCCCUUUCUGUCAAAAAUUCCAGGGAUUCCUUACCAAGAAACACCACUUCAGGACUUUGAGAGAAGCUACCACCAUCACCUGAUCUUCAGCUCUGCCCACUGCAGGAUCAGCCCCCCGACACCUCCCAACCCCUCUGUGCUGCUCGUCAUGGGGUUGCUCUUCUGCAUCCUCUAUGCCACCGUGUUCCUGGAAACCUAUGCGCACCGCCUGUGUAGAGCAAUUGCAGCCUCCUUCUUUGAGAGCUGGGAGGAGAAGCGGGUGCUUCACCUCUACAGGAAGCUGUCCAGGAAGCACCAGCGGGAGCAAAACAAGAACAGAAACUAAGGGUACUUUUGGGAAUACAGGGGAUGCCUGAGAACUAUGAAGGCAGGGCACAGGCUUCUGCCAUGGGAUUAUGCAUUUAAAUUCACAGUGUUCAGAGUCGGGGGAAAAUUGUUUGCCAAAAAGGAGGUGAAACGUCACAUUUUGCAUUAA